AUGGCGUCAUUCCUCGUCAGCCAGCCUUCUGCGCCGCAUGUCAAAACCCUGCUCAGCUGCCUUUUAAUCCUGGCUCUGGGCCUGCAAACUGCGGACGCUUUUCCAGGGUGCCAGGGGGGCGACGCUGAUACGUUGACAAUCCUCUCAGACUUGCAGUUCCAUGAUCGCUCGGGCUUUUAUGGGGAUGUCAGACUCGAUGAGAGCAGGGGGUUCCUUCUGGCUGCUAUAGACACCCAGUUCUGGCGCAUCCCGGUGUCGCUGACCCUGAACGCAAGCGACGUUUUCAUCUGUCCGGAUAUCUCUCUGAGCCUGACGCCCGCCAACCGAGUGCAACGAUAUGCGCUGGACAUAGAACGGGGUCUUGCGUUCAUGGCGACCAAGACGGGGCCAAACAUGCAGUUCCAGAUUCUGAACUACACUGGUGUUGGCGCCUUGACACUGGUCGGAAACCCGACCGACCUCGGCUCCACGGCGGCUUUUACCACCAUAGCCUAUGACCCCGUGAAGAAGACGCUAUGGGCAGGUGUCGGGACGAGCGUCAUUACGUAUGACGUCAGCGACCCGAGCAGCCCGGUUCAGGGGGUCAGUCUCACCUUGAACCCCGCCCCCUUCGAAGGCGGAGUCGUGUUCAACGUGGCAGGACGGCGGGGUUACUACGUGACGGCGAAUCAGUACUACGAAGUGAACCUGGAUACGCCCGCGCUGGUUGCCACGUCGACCCUCGCCCAGGGGGACAAUGGCGCCAUCGACUACGUCAGCAUGACGUUCGAUGACGCCAACCAGGUGUUUUACCAACUGGGCGGCUCGUACAAUCAGUCGUACAAUGGGCACCGCGGAUACGUCACGAGGCGCGCUGUUUCCGGCGGCUCCCCCAGCGACCCCCUCUUCGAGCUCCCAGCCCACAACUUCCGGGCUAUGGCCGCUUAUCCGCGGGACAGCAUGAUUUACUUCGCAACCAAUGAUCCGGCGAAUCCGCUGUACGGGAUCGCAACUAGCAAGCCGCUCGACGAUCCGUCCAUGUUCUCCUUCGUCCUCGCGACGGACUCCGCCGGCAACAACGGAACGGUCUACGCUGGAGUUUUUGCCGACACCCCCGGCACCGACCUCGCCUUCGCCCUGCAUGACGCCAUCGAUGGCGUCAGCAACGGCGUCGACGUGCUGUCGUGGACCAACGGCGGGUGCGGCGCGGCCGCCGCGCCGUGCCUCAAGGCCGACGGGCUUUCCUGCAGCUGCAUUCCGUCCACGCUCUUCAGUUCCGUCGCUCCGGUCGACAAGUGCACGGACGCGUCGCUCAACAACCGGAGCACUCCCUUCACGCUCGGAUAUUGCAUCCCCCCCCCUCCACCGCCCGUGCCGAGGCCCCCCCCCGCGAAUCUCGCGCCCGGACCUGCCCCGGGGCCGUCGACCUCAGGCAACGGAACGAACGGAACCAACGGAACCAACGGAACGAAUGUGAAUGGGACCGGAAAUGGAGGGGGCGGAACCGGGACUGGCGACGGAAACGGAGCCCCCGGGGCGGGGACGAAGACCGGGGGAGCUGCUCGCGCGCGUUUUUCCGCUGCCGUUGUGACGCUCAGCGGAGUGGCAAUUGCUGCCGCCACGAUGUUUUAA